GGCGGGGGAAGAAUGGGAGAGGACGGGGCAGCUCGCAAGCGACGCCGGAGAAGCUGCAACAGGAUGGACCAGCUGAAUGAAGACAACUUGCUGACUAAUGAGCCAGAGUGGCUCCUGAACUGUGACUGUUACACACCUGAACAAUGAAGUUAGUCCUUGGUUUGGAGCUGCAAGACUGAUUUAGAGUGACUUCAGAGCUGGUUGAACAGCCAUGGCAUACUUUAGUCCAUGGAAAUUGUCCUCUCAGAAACUUGGCUUUUUUCUAGUGAGUUUUGGAUUCAUUUGGGGAAUGAUGCUAUUGCAUUUUACUAUCCAACAGAAGACUCAGCAUGAAAGUAGUUCAGUGCUUCGAGAACAAAUACUGGACCUCAGCAAAAGGUAUAUAAAAGCACUAGCAGAAGAGAAUAGAGAUGUAGUGGAUGGACCAUAUGUUGGGACUAUGACUGCUUAUGAUCUGAAGAAAACACUUGCUGUCCUACUGGAUAAUAUCUUGCAGCGUAUUGGGAGGCUUGAGUCCAAAGUGGAGAACCUUGUAAUCAAUGGUACUGCUACAAAUUCUACAAACAGUACCACCACUGUUAUUCCAAGUUCAGGAACUGCUGAAAAAAUCAAUGUGGCUGAUCUUAUUAAUGGAGCACAGGAACAGUGUGAAUUGCCUCCUAUGGAUGGCUUCCCCCACUGUGAGGGCAAAAUUAAAUGGAUGAAAGAUAUGUGGCGAUCUGAUCCCUGUUACGCAAGUUAUGGUGUGGAUGGGUCCAUGUGCUCCUUUUUUAUUUACCUCAGUGAGGUUGAAAACUGGUGUCCUCGUUUACCUUGGAGAGCAAAAAAUCCUAAUGAAGAAAUGGAUCAAAAGACAAUGGCUGAAAUUCGAACCAAUUUUGAUUUACUCUACAAAAUGAUGUCCAGACAUGAAGAAUUUAGAUGGAUGAUGCUGAGGAUAAGAAGGAUGGCUGAUACUUGGAUAGAAGCAAUCAAAUCACUAGCUGAAAAACAAAGCCUGGAGAAGAGAAAACGGAAAAAAGUCCUUGUUCAUCUGGGACUUCUGACAAAAGAAUCUGGAUUCAAGAUAGCAGAGAAUGCCUUUAGUGGGGGCCCACUUGGUGAAUUAGUCCAGUGGAGUGAUUUAAUUACAUCUCUCUAUUUACUGGGCCAUGACAUUAGGAUUUCAGCUUCACUGGCAGAGCUCAAGGAGAUUAUGAAGAAGGUUGUUGGUAACCGAUCGGGCUGCCCAACACAAGGUGAUAAAGUUGUAGAACUUAUUUAUAUUGACAUUGUUGGACUCACUCAAUUUAAGAAAACCCUUGGACCAUCCUGGGUUCAUUAUCAGUGCAUGUUACGAGUGCUAGAUUCAUUUGGGACUGAACCAGAGUUUAACCAUGCUCAUUAUGCCCAGUCUAAAGGCCACAAAACACCUUGGGGAAAAUGGAACCUUAAUCCACAACAGUUCUACACGAUGUUUCCUCACACCCCAGACAACAGUUUCCUUGGGUUUGUGGUGGAACAGUAUUUGAACUCCAGUGACAUAAAGCACUUCAAUGUCAUCAAAAGGCAGAACCAGUCACUUGUUUAUGGCAAAGUUGAUAACUUCUGGAAGGAUAAGAAGUCUUAUUUGGAUAUCAUUCACACAUAUACAGAAGUCCAUGGAACUGUUCACGGGACAAGUACUGUCUACAUGCCCACCUAUGUGAAGAAUCAUGGCAUCCUCAGUGGACGGGAUUUACAGUUCCUGCUCAGAGAGACCAAACUUUUUGUUGGUCUUGGUUUUCCAUAUGAGGGACCUGCUCCCCUAGAGGCCAUUGCAAAUGGAUGUGCUUUUCUGAAUCCAAAAUUCAGUCCUCCCAAAAGCAGCAAAAACACAGAUUUCUUUAGAGGCAAACCAACCCUCCGGGAGUUAACAUCUCAACAUCCAUAUGCUGAAGUUUACAUUGGAAAGCCCCAUGUCUGGACUGUGAACAUCAAUGAUCUUUCUGAAGUUGAAAGGGCAGUCAGAGCCAUUUUGAACCAAAAGAUUGAACCUUACUUACCCUACGAGUUCACAUGUGAAGGGAUGCUUCAGAGAAUGAAUGUUUUCAUAGAAAAACAGGAUUUUUGCCAUGGACAAGUGAUGUGGCCCCCAUUAAGUGCCCUGCAGGUUAAAAUUGCUGGCCCUGGGAAAUCAUGUAAGCAGGUUUGUCAAGAAAACCAGCUCAUCUGUGAGCCUUCCUUUUUCCAGCACCUGAACAAGGACAAAGACCUCCUCAAGUACAACAUUGAAUGCCAUACAGUUGAAUCCGCAAAUGAUAUUGUUAUCCCAUCUUUCGAUGAAAAGAAAAAACACUGUGUUUUCCAAGGAGAUCUCUUGCUAUUCAGCUGUGCAGGAUCCCAUCCAAACCACAAAAGGAUCUGUCCUUGUAGAGACUACCUUAAAGGACAAGUUGCACUUUGUAAAGACUGUCUAUAGCAACAACUCCUAUAACUUUAUUAAUGGACAAGAAAACAAGUGGCUUAGAGAAGAGCUACUGAGAAGAGCUACUUAGAGAAGACAUUUCCUGCACUUUGCCCAGUUGACUUGCUGCAGGCAGAACAACUGUUGAAAAGUGGAAAUCUGUACCAAGUUGGGGCAGAUUUUCUAUUUAAAAAAACACAGAGAUUUCUAUUUUUUUUCCUUAAGUGAAAAAUUCUAGUGAAGUUCAUUGAAAUCUCUUAUCUACUUAAGAGAGGCAGUGACAAAUGAAGUUCAGCGCUUUGUAAGAGUAAACCAAGAGUUUGAGAUGCAUUUUUUUAAAUCCAACAACUAGAUUAGCAAUUUUCUGAAUGAUAUUUCAAUUACAACAUGAACAAAAAUAGGUCUGUAAGCGAAUGGACCGCACAGGAAAAACUGGUACAUAUCCUAAGUGCACUGUUUCUUUGGUUUUGCUAACCCAUAAAUGCUGGUGCUGUCCCAAUGAACUUGAAACUACAAGGUAACCCAGCUACUGAACAUAUCACCCGGUUGGCUAUUGGUUUCUCUCUUACCCUUCACAUUUUGCAGAUUACCAUUUGCAGCAUCUCAGCUGUUCCAAGAUGCCUGAGCAAUAGCACCAUGGACUGGGAGGACUGGUGGCUGCUGGACGGACAAAUCCUUUUGGCUUGAUAACAGAUUAUAAUUGUGGCAUUCAUCAGGGCUUAAAUGCCCACAUAAAUAUAUAUAUAUAUUGUAAAUGGUUUGCUGGUUCUGCUAGAAUGAUUACUGCACUCCUUUCCUCCCUUACCCUUCUGUCACAGAACGGCAUGCAGACAUAAGUGUGAGAAUAUUCAAAGAGAAGUGGUGUCCGUGGAGCAAUAUUAUCCUGGCUUUGCUAUAAGACAUUGAAAAGGUAACUGAAAGAUCAAAGUAUAAUUAAAGCAGUCAUGACAGAA